AGCUGCCAAUAUCAUCUCUUUCAGAUCGAAAUAACGACUGUAAGAGGAGCUGGUUUACGCUGUUAUAAGCUCUUGGACAACCCGCCAAAUUCACCAGAAUCACCAAUUACACCAUCAGCGGGCGAGCUCCGUGAUCGUCUAGUCGAUAUUCUUGUUGAUGAAGACCCCAAUCCUGUGCAUCUGAAUUCGUUUGGAAAGCUAUAUAAGAAGAAAUAUGGUAGUGAACUGAAUCUUGAAGCCCAAGCCAUCAAGAAGAUAGUGUUGGAAAGUUUUGCUGGUACUUUCCAACUUGAUAUGAAUGGGGUGUGCCUAAGUCUGAACCCCGAAGAUUACAAUGUAAGAAAGAAGUUGGAUGCGAAACACCUACAGGCUUCCUUAGAUGCCAACCUUGAUAGUGAUUCCUUUGAGUCAUCUAAGUCAUCUCUAAGCGAAUCUAGUAAGACGUACCGUGAUUUAUCUGCGGUGAACCCAGAUCUUGGACGCGAACCAGGUACAGGUACAUCAGUCUACAUUGGACUUGAUAGCCUGCCGAAUCGCAAUGUCCGCAACAUUCUAGAAAAGCCUGACAGGACAUUUGAUCGCGAUUCAAGGUUGUCUAGAUCGUUUCAUGGUCGCGCAAAAGUGACAACUUAUCAUGACGAUGAGAAACUCAGCGAUUUAGCAGGAGGCGACCUGUUGAAAGAAAUGGUAGUUUCUUCUUAUUUGUCUGUUCUUGCUUUAUAG